AACAAUCACUUAACCAUAAGCUUCCCCUCCUUCUCUCCCUCUAUUUUAUUCUCUUCAUUUUUCAGUAUUCUUUUCUUUUUCUUACAUUAAUGGAUUCUAAUUGUCUCUUCCAACUCCCAACUCCAGACAUUGUGCUACUAAUUUUUGGUAGUUGCAGAAUCUAAUCUCUUGACUGAAAAAGGGUUUGCGUAGUGCAAUUUAUUCUUCGCUUUGGGUUUUUGAAAUUGGGACCAUCUCUCACCUUCUCCCAUUAUUCUGUAUAGAGAUUCACCAGACUCCCUUUUUUUAGUAGGUUGUUUAAGCACAUUUGCAUCAAUUUCCCCAAUUCUAUCUUCCUUUUCACUCUUGACUUAUUUCCUCUCCUUUAAAGCAAACUCGAUUCCCAUCUUUUCAUCCUUUAUCUUGCUUUCCCGUUUCUGGGUUUCUGUGCUCUUUUCUUUUCGUAUUGAGAGAUCCCUUCUGGAUAAAAAAUGGGGUUUUCAAGAAAUAGUUGCAUCGACGCCACGGAGCCUCCGCAAUUUCAUGUAAAGACUCAAGCUUUAUGUGGUGAUCAGUUGUUGUAUGACUGCGAGAGCUCUGAAUUGGACGAUUGCGAGGUAAAGUUCAAGUCUUUGCUGCAUAAGAUGUUCUGGGAUUUCGGUCUGGGCUGUGUGAUCCCCCGCCGCCAGCGGCGGAGCUCCGGCAAGAAUGGGGAGAAGGGUGGGCGGGGUUUGGACCACAACAAGGCCUGGCUGCUGGCGGAGUCCGGCGGCUGCGGGGCGGAGGAGCCGCACUCGGUUCACUCCUCUUUCAGGUUCAGCUUGUGCUCUCAGGUUGAGCUGGAGUCCAUGGCUGUGAAUCGAAGCAAUACUGCCACAGUUUUGAUGGUGAAUUUGGAUAGUGGUGUGUUGACUGAUUCAAAAUCAGAAGAUUUGAAAUGGAGAAGAAUUGAGUCUUUGGAGAGGAGAAUUUCCCCCCUGGCUCAUUCUCUGAUUAGGUUCAGCUACUCUGAUAUCCUCUCUGCCACCAGAAAUUUCUCCAAAGGUAGGGUGUUGGGGAGAGGGGCAUUGAGCUGUGUGUUUAGAGGGAGAGUGGGAUUCAUGAGGCGUGCUGUGGCGAUCAAGAGGUUGGAGAGGGACGAUAAGGAGUCUUCCAAGGCGUUUUGCAGGGAAUUGAUGAUUGCUAGCUCUUUGCAUAACCCUCACAUUGUUCCACUGGUAGGGUUCUGUUUAGAUGCUGAGAUGGGCUUGUUUUUGGUGUACAAGUACGUCUCCGGUGGAAGCUUGGAACGAUCCUUGCACGGGAAGAAGAGGGGUUGUCCAGCUCUGCCAUGGCUGGUUAGGUACAAGGUCGCAGUGGGGAUUGCUGAGGCAAUCGACUACUUGCACAAUGGAACGGAAAGAUGUGUUGUUCACAGGGACAUAAAGCCCUCAAACAUCCUCGUUUCCUCCAGGAAGACGCCCAAAUUGUGUGACUUUGGCUUGGCAACAUGGACUCCUGCGCCUUCGGUGCCAUUCCUUUGCAAAACCGUUAAAGGAACAUUUGGAUACUUGGCACCGGAAUACUUCCAGCAUGGGAAAGUGUCGGAUAAAACUGAUGUUUACGCCUUUGGCGUCGUGCUCUUGGAACUCAUCACUGGUAGGAAGCCGAUUGAAUCCAGCAGAGGGCCGGGAGAAGAGAAUCUGGUUCAAUGGGCAAAGCCCCUAUUGCAGCAAGGAGGUGUAGAAAAACUGCUAGAUCCACGGCUCGUACUCACCCUGAAGAGCACGAGUCAAGUCACACGGAUGGCACGAGCUGCAGCUGCCUGCAUAAACAACGAGUCGAGGAGGCCGGAGAUGGGAGAGAUUGUCACGAUAUUAAAAGGAGACGAAUCCGGUGCCUUAACCAGAAACAAGACUCUCAAGAAUAGUGUGAAUGAUUCUCACAUUGAGUUGCUGCGGACAAAGAGUGAAAUGAAAAAUCACUUCGCCUUGGCCAUGCUCGGAGUUGAUCUCGACGACGAAGACAGCCUUGAUCGCCGGUGAUCCGCAGCCUCACAACAUUGACCUUUUCUUAUUUUUAGGCAGUUUUAAGGAGAAACUUAGGGUUAGGCACAACAAGUUUGACUUUUGUAUAGAAAGCCCCUAUUGUUGUCUGAACUUUUUUGGUAUCAUAAUUUUUGGAAUGAUACAUUUGGUACAAUUGAUAA